AUGGCGAAGAGAGAGAUUAGUAGCACUCUGAGAAAUCUAAAGUUUAUGCAAAGGUCUGCUGUGAAAGAGGAGAAGAAGAAGAAUGUUGAAGAGCCUAAUGGGAAUUUUCCUUCCCUUGGUGGUACUGUUGCAAAGAAGUGUGUGGUCUUAACCGACUGGGAUCCUCAGCCUGGAGCUUUGUUGGGACGCAUGUCAUUUCAGUCUUUCAAUCCCGCUAUCGAGAAAUUGAACGAAGAGGCAAUAAACGGUGGAAAAACAGAUGCUUCUCCCUCAAGCUCUAGCAGUAGUUCGAAGGUUGAGCCAAGUCGGGAAACAAAUGGUGAGUUGAAAAGAAAACAGUCUGAAGUAGUCUCUGAUGAACAAAACCAUCCAAACAAGUCCCCGAGGAAACUUCAGAGCAAUGACAAACCAUCACCGAGCAAUAAAAAAGGCAAUGCUUUCAAGAAACCGAAGAGCAAGAAAGUGGACUGGAGCGUUUUGAAGCCACCAAAACCUCAAACCAAAAGGGUUUAA